AUGAUGUGUGAAUCGAAGACUUUAUGGCAAGAGGUUUCUGAAUUGGACGCCGCUUGUCCUCGCUCGACGAGAAUUUUUGGUGGCCUCGCCAAGUUUGAGAGCAACUCUAGCCGAGUCGGCAUAUUGUCGGCUAUACUAAUGCUGAUGAUAGUCUGCCUGUGUGCUGCCAUUUUCACAGAGGGGAUCGCCGACUCGCAGAGAUGGAGCCUGAUCUGCAAGCUCUCCGUGUGCAUCGCCAAGGGGCUCGACCACCUGCACACGGGGAUGGAGAAGCCGAUCAUCCACGGCAACCUCAAGACGAGCAACAUCCUCCUCGACGCCAGCUACGAGUGCAGGAUCUCGGACUACGGCCUCUACCUCCUGCUCAACACCGGCGGCGCCCACGAGAUGCUGGAGGCGUCGGCGGCGCAGGGGUACAAGGCGCCGGAGCUGGUCAAGAUGAGGGACGCCACCAGGGAGAGCGACGUGUACAGCCUGGGCGUGGUGCUGCUGGAGAUGCUCGCGCAGAAGGAGCCCGCCGGCGACGACGACCGCGCGCCCAGCUCCCGCGACAUCUUCCUGCCGGCGUCGUUCAAGAACCUGGUGCUCGAGAGGAAGAUCUCCGACGCCUUCAGCUCCGACCUCGUCAGGCAGAGCAGGAAGUCGGGGAACGAGAAGAAGCUGAACGCGUUCUUCGAGCUGGCCACGGCGUGCUGCAGCCCUUCGCCGUCGCUCCGGCCCAACACCAAGGAGAUACUCAGAAGGCUUGAGGAGAUAGCAAAAUAA